AAUACAACACUUCACCUGUUGUUCCUGUUGUCUUUUAUCCUGGUAGAAGAAUCAGUUGAUCCUCCUUUCUCUGUUUGGGAUUAACCUGGUGCAUGGCCUUCCAUGCACUGAAGAGACAAAAACCUGGAUUUAUUUUUUCAAAGAUGGAAGAAAAAGGAGGGUUAAAAUCUUAAAAUUCAAGGACCUGUAUCUGUUUGCAAGCAGGACCCAGAGGACAAGCGAAAUCAUAUUUUUGUUUGAGGUUAUAAAAUAUGGAGAACCUGAGUUAAAGAUGGGAACUGUGCUGUCAUACUUUUGCCAUUUGUGUGGACACGGAAAUAAGGAAGAGAAGGAGAGAUGCUUGCGGGCUAAUGACAGAACUUUCAACCUAUCUUUCCGCUAUGCUAACAAUGCCAUCAAGACCUCCAAAUACAACAUCUUUACCUUCCUGCCACUUAAUCUUUUUGAGCAGUUCAAGAGGCUUGCUAAUGCCUACUUCCUCUUCCUCCUUAUCCUUCAGUUGAUCCCACAAAUCUCCUCUCUGUCAUGGAUCACCACAGGUUUUGCCUUAAUAGUGGUGCUGUCUAUAACAGCAGUCAAAGAUGCCAUUGAUGAUAUAAACAGACACAAAUGUGACAGACAAGUGAAUAACCGGAAGGUGGACGUCCUCAUGGAUGGCCAACUCAAAAAUGAAAAAUGGAUGAAUGUUCAGGUUGGGGACAUAGUCAAACUGGGGAAUAAUGAGUUUGUCACAGCAGACCUUCUGUUGCUGUCUAGCAGUGAGCCCUUUAAUUUAGUUUAUGUGGAUACAGCUGAACUAGAUGGAGAAACCAAUCUGAAGGUGAAACAGGCUCUGACUGUAACUGGAGAGUUGGGAGACAACAUUGAGGCAUUGGCUGCCUUUAAUGGCGAAGUGCGAUGUGAACCUCCCAAUAACCGUCUAGACAAGUUCAAAGGGACUCUGACUGUGAACGGGGAAAGAUACGCCUUGGACAACGACAAAGUGCUGCUCAGAGGCUGUACUCUCAGGAACACUGAGUGGUGCUUCGGUCUGGUCAUCUUUGGAGGUCCUGACACUAAACUGAUGCAGAACAGCGGAAAGUCAAUGUUCAAACGGACAAGCAUUGAUCACCUGAUGAAUAUCCUGGUGUUAUGUAUCUUUGGUUUCCUUGCAUCUAUGUGCUCCAUUUUGACCAUUGGCAAUGCAAUCUGGGAAACAAACGAGGGCUCUGUGUUCACUAUGUUUCUUCCUCGUGAACCGGGCAUUGAUGCUCCUCUCGCAUCGUUCCUCAUCUUCUGGUCUUAUGUCAUUGUCCUUAACACAGUGAUACCAAGUUCACUCUAUGUCAGCGUGGAGCUCAUUCGUCUGGGAAACAGCUUCUUCAUAAACUGGGACAGGAAGAUGUACUAUCUUAAGAAAGAUACUCCAGCUCAGGCAAGAACCACCACACUCAAUGAGGAGCUCGGCCAGAUUAAAUACAUCUUCAGUGACAAGACUGGCACUCUGACACAGAACAUCAUGACUUUCAACAAGUGCUCCAUUAAUGGAAAAGCUUAUGGGGACCUCUAUGAUUUCUCUGGACAAAGAGUGGAAAUUACAGAGAGGACAGAGAGAGUGGACUUCUCCUGGAACAAUCUGGCAGAUCCAAAGUUCAAUUUUCAUGACCACAGUCUGGUGGAGAUGGUGAGAGGUGGAAACCCUGAGACUCAGGAGUUCUUCCGCUUGCUAUCCCUGUGUCACACUGUCAUGCCUGAGGAAAAGAAAGAGGGGGAGCUCAGUUAUCAGGCUCAGUCUCCUGAUGAAGGCGCUCUGGUGAAUGCUGCAAGAAACUUUGGAUUUGUAUUCCGAUCACGCACACCAGAGACCAUCACAGUCGUAGAGAUGGGCAAACAAGUCAUCUAUGAACUUCUGGCCAUUCUGGACUUUAAUAAUAUGAGGAAGAGGAUGUCAGUGAUAGUGCGUAGCCCAGAGGGGAAGUUGACUCUGUACUGCAAAGGUGCGGACACAGUGAUUUUUGAAAGACUGCACCCCUCCUGUAACAAACUGAUGGAAGUAACCACUGACCACCUCAAUGAGUAUGCAGGUGAUGGCCUCCGUACAUUGGUUCUGGCCUACAAAGACUUAAAUGAGAACUACAUGAUAGAUUGGAAACAGCGCCACCAUGAGGCCAGUGUUGCCAUGGAGGGACGUGAAGAAAAACUUGAUGAACUUUAUGAAGAGAUAGAGAAAGAUAUGAUGCUGUUGGGAGCGACAGCUGUGGAGGACAAGUUGCAAGACGGUGUGCCACAGACCAUUGAGCAACUGACUAAAGCUGACAUCAAAAUCUGGGUGUUAACUGGAGAUAAGCAAGAGACAGCAGAAAACAUUGGCUAUUCCUGUAACAUGCUAAGAGAGGAGAUGAAGGACGUCUUUGUUGUCUCAGCCAACACUGCUGAAGGAGUCAAAGAGGAGCUACAGAAUGCACGAAGAAAAAUGUGUCCUGAAGCAGCAGAGGAGCCAUCUGUGAUUAAAUCUCGAGUAGGCCUGUUUUGGCUUAAAAAGACAGAGACUGUGCAGGAUGAGAAGGUGGACGGAGAUUAUGGACUAAUUAUAAAUGGGCACAGUUUGGCCUUUGCACUGGAGAAGAACUUGAGGUUGGAGCUGCUGAGGACAGCAUGCAUGUGUCAGACAGUGAUUUGCUGCAGGGUCACUCCUUUGCAGAAGGCCCAAGUGGUUCAACUGGUCAAGAAAUACAAGCAGGCUGUCACUCUUGCCAUUGGGGAUGGGGCCAAUGAUGUCAGCAUGAUAAAGGCUGCUCAUAUUGGUGUGGGUAUCAGUGGGCAGGAAGGCAUGCAGGCAGUGCUGUCCAGCGACUUUUCCUUUGCCCAGUUCCGUUACCUUCAGCGCCUCCUGCUGGUGCAUGGCCGCUGGUCCUACAUACGCAUGUACAAGUUCCUUGGAUAUUUCUUUUACAAGAACUUCACUUUUACGCUUGUCCAAUUCUGGUACGCCUUCUUUUGUGGUUUUUCUGCAAAGACUGUGUAUGAUGAGUGGUUCAUCACCUUCUACAACAUGGUUUACACAGCUCUUCCAGUCCUUGGCAUGUGUCUCUUUGACCAGGAUGUAAAUGACCGUUGGAGUUUACAGCAUCCGGAGCUCUACGCUCCAGGCCAGAAGAACCAAUACUUCAAUAAGAAAGCUUUUGUGAGGUAUCUGAUUCAUGGCUGCUAUUGCUCCUUAAUCAUCUUCUUUAUCCCAUGGGCUUCCAUGAAUGACGCAGUCAGAAAUGAUGGAAAAGACAUUGUGAGCCAUCCAUCUUUUGCUUUCCUGCUACAGACCUGUUUGCUUGCUGUGGUGCACACACAGCUGUGUGUUGACACCUAUUACUGGACAGCAGUGAACCAUUUUUUUGUGUUGUUAAGCACGAUAGGCUACUUUGCCAUCUCAGUCACCAUGUACAGCAAUGGCAUGUUUUAUGUCUUCCCGUCUUCUUUCCCCUUAAUUGGCGCAGCAAGAAAUACUUUGAACCAGCCUAUAGUGUGGCUCACCAUAUUCCUGACAUUCCUCCUCUGUAUCCUGCCUGUUGUUGCUUUCCGCUUCAUUUUUAUACAGCUUCGCCCUACCAUUAAUGACAAGGUGAGGUAUAAGAUGCGUACAGAGGAGUUGCCUGCACCUGCACCUCGUCUCCCACUGAGAAGGCGUAGUACUCGGUCAGGCUACGCCUUCUCUCACUCCCAGGGCUACGGUGAUCUGGUAACAUCUAGAAAAUUCCUGAUAAAACGCUCCACCAAGAGAGCCCCUCUGUUCACCCAGACAGACUCUUCCAUAUUUCAAAAUCAGCCACAGCACUACCGCACUAUUGCUGAGGAGCCUGAGGAGCCACAGAGUCCCUAGCCUGGUACACAGUACACAGGUACUGAAAGACUACAGACAUAACUUCAUAAUUUUGGAGCCAACCUGGCACUGAAGACAAACAAAACAGGGUAAAUUUAAAAUAUAUUGUGGUUUCCAGAUAAAGUCUGUAUGUGAAACACUGUGUCAGCAUAAAAUCUAAUGGUGUCUUACAAUGUGUGAAUGUUGAUUUGUUGUUUUUAUGUAAAAUGCUGAGUCGUUAUAAAAAUGAAAAAAAUAAAAAAAUAAAAUUUGCUUGGUUCUGAAGUAGAUUUUCCAACAACAUAGCUUAGAAAUAAAAAUUUAUUUAUUUAUUUUGACUUUUAAUGCAUUGUAUAUAACAAACAUUUAAAUGAGAACACAGUUCACUUCUAAUAUACUAUAAAAGUAGAUUUAAAACAAAACUUAAGUUUUAAAGUUGAACAGGUUUCAUAAAAAAUAAAAAGGAUAUUAUCCUGUUCUAUGCAUCAAACUGCCUCUUGUUGAUAGUGUGUGUGUAUGGUGAGUGGCUGAUCACCUUAGACAACAUGGUUUCAUACAGUUGUGUAACACUCAGACUCAUUCUGAGAAAAAAUACAAAAACCUAUACUUACAAAACACGCAACUGCAAUGAGAUUGUGUGCUGCACACAGAUUUCUUUUGCCUUUAUUGGUUGUUUUAUUUCCUAUAUGGUGAAAUGUAAAGAGCAAGAAUGACAAACUUUUGAUUUUGUUUCCAGUUGAAAUCUGUUUUCAUGCCCCCCUUCCCCCCUUCAUUUUUACAUGUAUAGUUGACACACUGUGGUUAUUUGUAUGAGGAUUUUUGUGUGUGCUGUUAUUCUGUGUUAAUAAUUUAACAUUCAGUCAUUCAUGAACGCGUGACUUAACUUAACCUGGUACUACAACAUUCACAGUGUUCACAGUGUACAGCCAGUCAUUAAUCUUAUCUCUGUAACUGUUCUUUUUUUUUUUUUUACCUUUUCAUAACCCUAUCUUUAAAAACAGGAACCAAAGGUGGAAAGAAACACUUCCAAAAACAACAAGUCAGUUAAGUCCUUUAUGGCAUUAAUAUGUAUUUUGUCAGUUAUAAAAUCUGAAGACAGAAACUGGGAUAAUGAAAAAAACGUGUUUUUUAUUUUUAUUUUUAAAUUUUAUAAUUUAAAUUUGGUAAGGUAUUGAAUGCUGGAAAAGGUGUCUAAAAAAGAAUAUAUCUAUCAUUUGUAAUCCAGGCUUCAAGCAGAUUUUGAUUAGGCCUAUAGUCAUUUACAGUUGUUAAUCCACAAAUUCUAUUCAAAGCAAAAAAUAAAGAACUACCAGGUAAUAUUCAGAGUAUGUUUUUUUAAAAGAAGGAAGUUAUAAAUUAAGGGGUUUUUGUAACUUCAAAACAGGGAAGGUACGUACUACAAGAAAAAGCUUUGGUGUUUCUGUUCAUGGAGUGAAACUGUGGAACAGUCUGAAUAUGGAAUUAAAGCAAUGUCCAAACAUUAAACAGUUCAAAAAGAGUUAUAAAAAUAUGAUCUUCUCGAACUAUAAAGAAAGGGAAAAUAUCGAAAUUAAGUGAAUGUCUCUACUUAAAAAAAAUCAUGAUGUGAUAUUAUAGUAUAUCAGAAUUCUGUUCACUAUUUUUAUUACAGAUUAUAUCAGUAAGGAAGCUGACUAAAUAUUAACUGAUAAUUUAUGGCAAAGGGGUGGGAUUAAAUAAGUGUUUACCUUAUCCCACUCCCUUUCAACAUGUAAAUGAAUCAGAAUGGUAGCAAUAUUGAAAUGUAUUGACUUUUGUAUAGUAUUUUUUUUCUCUCUCUUAUUUUGUUUUCUAA